CUUAUCUCUCUGUAACAACCUACUUCGCCGCCGAUUCUCCGAUGGCCACCUCAAGCCAUCUCCUCCUCAUCUUCCUUAUCACCACCGUCUCAUAUCUCACUCCCGCCGCCUUCCCUCCGUCAAUCACACCGCAAGAUCAGCAACACGCAGACAGAAUCAUCCAAGCCAUGAUCGGAGCCGGCGAAUUCCGCGACUGGGCCGCCGAUUUCCUCUCCGCCGUCGACGACCAAUUCGGAAUACCUCUCUCCGCCACUAUCUUCAUCCCCAGCGACUUCGACGCCGCCGGCAUCACCUCCUCCAACGGCGGUGGCGCUACUAACCCCGGUCGCCUCUCCGUCGCUUACCACAUCGUUCCUCAGCGUCUCUCCUUCGCCGACCUCCGUAUCUUGCAACCUCUCUCUCGCCUUCCGACUCUCCUCCCCGGAAAUUCAAUCGUCGUCACCAACAACUCUGUUUCCGAUUUCACAGUCGACGGCGUUCUCGUCUCCGAACCGGAUCUUUUCCUCUCUUCUUCGAUUGCGAUUCACGGUGUUGCUUCGCCGCUUGACUUCUCUCGUUACGGAGACUUUGAAAACGGUGGUGAUACUGCUUUAGCCGAUAGUCUCCGUCCUUUGUCUCAAAAUCGUCGUCGCCGUCGUCCUGAAUUCAACAAGAAUCGAACCUCUGCUUCCGUCUCCAUCGCACAUCUCUCGACAUGCUCGUUCUUGCUCCCGUUGGCUCUCGCUCUGUUCUGACUCUGCAUUUUCACUUUUAGUCCUUCAAGUUUUCUAAUUUUCAAGAUUCUGUACAUAAACCUCUAUUAGUUCCAAGUUCUGUUCUUUCAAAGAUGUGUAACUCGAUCUUGUGAAUUCAUA